AUGGAUUUAACUCAAUUACCAUUGGGUGAGCAUGUGAACAUAGAUGGCAAAAAGAAAGGUGAUUUCUUCAAGAAGAUUCAUGAGAAAACAAAGGAAAAUAUAGAAAGGAGCACCCAACAAUACAUCCAUCAAGCAAACAAGGGUAGCAAAAAGGAUAUUUUUGAACAAGCAGAUUGGAUGUGGUUACAUGUGAGGAAAGAGCGUCUUCCAGAGCAACGACAUUCAAAAUUUCUUCAUAGGGGUGAUGGACCAUUUCAAGCCAUGGAACACAUCAAUGACAAUGCCUACAAGAUUGACUUACCUGGUGAGUAUGGAGUAAGUGCUAGCUUUAAUGUUUCUGAUCUAUCUCUUUUUGAUGUAGGUGAUGAUUUGAGGGCAAAUCAAUUUCAAGAAGGGGGGAAUGAUGCAAAUCAAGGAGCUAAUGGAGUUGUUCAUAAUCAUCAUGGACGUGGGUCUCCAAGGAAUCAAGAAGAUGUCCCCAAUGAUCCACUAAGAUUGUCUAGUGGGCCAAUUACAAGACUUAGAGCUAAACGUUUCAAAGACGCUCUAAUUGGGCUGAUUCAAAAAUAG